CUGUUGUCUUUGGAUGUUCCGACUAGGUGGAAUUCCACCUAUCUAAUGUUGGAUUCCGCGGAGAGGUUUGAGCAGGUUUUUACGUUCAUGUAUGCUAGUCCUACUGAUUCUUCCUUUCGAGAGUAUGUGGAUUCAAAGAAGGGUCUUCCAACUGAAGAUGAUUGGAGCAGUAUUAGGCGGCUCAUGAAGUACCUGAAGUUCUUCUAUGAGCUUACUCUUCGUGUAUCAGGAACAUCAUAUGUCACUGCACAUACUUUCUGCAAAUCCAUUGUGGAUAUUCAUGAAGUGAUAGCAAAAUUGAAGAAAGAUGCA